UGCGAGGUUUAAUACAACGAACCAUGCGCCUAGGGCACGGUGUUACAUGUAUACUGCUGAUAACCACACGGCACAUCGCAUCACCUUUGCCAACCUGCCUCGGUUGCCUUUGCUCGCAGUCGCAUUGGCUCACGGUCGCAUUGGACCGCCUAGCUGUAGGCUAGCGCUCUUGGGGCUCUAUUUUUGACUCCGAUUAGACUACAGUCCCUACUCGUGCUUGUGAGCGGCUUUGCAAACAGAACCGUUGGGCUAGUACUUGUUAGUUUUGCGGCAUCAGAACUUUGUAGCUCUGGCUACCGUGCUCCCAUAAGCUGUGCUUGCGGAAGUGACGGGCCUGAAAACAGCGAGAACAUCGACAUGUCUCUAACUGGCCGCUUGGCAGCAGUCACCGGAGGUGCAAGUGGCAUUGGAAAAGCCGUCGCCUUCGCGCUAGCAAAAGAAGGCGCUGUCGUGAUUGUCGGCGAUAUUAAUUUUUGCGGAGCACAGGAAACCGCUGCUGCGCUCCCAGGUGUAGGCCACCCUCACCAGGCGUUCAGGGUGGAUGUUCGAAGUGGGGAAAGCAUUGAGACAUUCUUCGCAGCUAUCAUGAAAAUGUUCAAGGUGCCACUGAGUAUUGCAGUUAGUUGUGCUGGCAUCCUGAAACCAGCCCCUCUAGUAGACAUGUCUGAAGAAUUCUUCGAUGAAAUUAUGGACAUCAAUUUUAAGGGCACGUUCCUCUUUUGUCGUGGUGCUGUACAAGCCAUGCAGGCAGCGCAGGUGCCCAAUGGUGUUUUGGUGACUGUGGCAAGCAACUGGGCACACAGUGGGUCACCCCGUUACAGUGCAUAUGCAGCUUCAAAGGCAGCCACAGUAGCUUUUACCAAGUCAUUGGCACUGGAGCUGGCAGUGAAUGGCAUGCGUUGCAACUGUGUUUUACCCAGCUACACCGACACGCCCAUGACAGCAUCUAACAGCCCCCAGGAAAAAGCACGUGAUGCAGCUAAGUCUGCACUGGGCCGUGCUGCACGUCCUGAUGAAGUGGCUGAUGUGGUCGUCUUCUUAUGUGGACCACGAAGUUCCUAUGUUAACGGAAGUGCAAUUGACAUCAAUGGUGGAGCCGUUAUUUGAUGAUUUGACCACGAAUAGAUAACUAUUUUUCUUGGCUCUGAACUAUGAACUUGUGAAUCAAUUCAUUGUGAAACUUUCUAUGUAUAUUUGGGGUGUUGAGCCUCCUGGCAGUUGCCUUUUACAGUGACCCAGUUCACAGGUAGAGUUUACUAUCUACGCAUUUCAGGCCAAUAUCAUGGACACUUGAAAGAUUGCAAGCAAGAAGAGAUGACUCCAUUAAACUAAACUUGCCACUUGUA